UCACAAAACAGAGUGAGAGUAUUCAAAAAUUAUCAAAAAUCAGCUGUUUCAGAGAGAGUUGAUAGCAUUAAAUGAUAUGAUGACACAGUUUGUAGACCUACCACCAGAAAUACUUGAAUUAUUGUUUGAUUACUUGACUGAUCCGAAGGAUAUUUGUAAUAUCUCUGAAGCAUGCAAAAGAUUUAAGGAAGUAAUUGAUACGAGCGAUAAAUUGACUAAAAAGCUAACAUUAUACGUAAACUAUCCAUCAUUUCUGCAUAAUUUCAAGGCUGUACUUAAAAAAUCAAAUCGUCGAUAUAAAAACUUGAGUGUCACACGAAGUCGUCUUACUGGAUCUGAAAACCAAUUCACAAGUUUAAUAAAUGCAUUUGAAUUAAUUGGACCAAAGAUUAGGAACCUCACAAUAAAUUGGUGUCAGUUGAGGAACUUGGACAUUAGUACAGCGAAUUUAGUAGAUAUUGCUGCACGUCGAAGACUACGUGCUGAAUUGCUAUUUGCUCAGAACGUAUCAGUCGGUCGUCAUCAAGGAGCUCAAGGAGUGAUUCGUGAAGAUAUCCGAGAUGAAUUACAUAAGGAAUUUAUAGCUAUAAUUAAAUAUUUUAACUGUCUCGAAACGACUAUUUGGAAUAAUGUUAAUAUUGAAAAAAGAACUAAUCCAAUUGAUCUCGCAUCAUUUGACUUUACAUCACUAAAACAAUUAAAAAUGCGACAUUGUGAUGCUUACUGUUUUGAUAUUUUAUCAUCAGCAAAACAGUUGAAUAGCUUAAAAAUCUCAGAGCCAUUUUGGAGCACUAAUCGUAGCCCAGGCAUUGAUAAUUUUGAAACAUAUCUCAUCUCACAAGAAGUUUUAAAGACACUAUCGAUCAAAUCAAUCCAUUACCCACGUUUAUUUCAUUCUGACCGGAGUGAGCGCAUUCAAUUUAAAUUAAAUUAUCUGGUCCUGAAGAAUGUCUUUUUCAAGGAAAAACUUCAUGCUGAAAACUUCUUCAAGACACAAAAGGAACUGAAAUUUAUCGAUAUUCAGAUACAAAAUGAAAAGUCACGAAACCUCGAAGAACUGCAUUGGUACAAUGAUAUAUUAAAGACAGUAUUAAAAGAGAACCCCAUGCUGAGGACUUUGAAUUUAGAUAAGUUUAAGUAUAAAAUUCCGAAUUGUGAUUUCCUUAGAAAUAUUACAAACGCAAAUGUUCAAACGCUGAAUUUCAACGUUACAAAUGAGGAAAAAGAUGCGGAACUGUUUAAAGUUUUAGUGCGAUCGUUGCCAAAUUUAAAGAAUAUAACUUACAAAUCGGAAGAUAGCGAAGAUAAUGAUGGAGAUGUGUGCUUUGAUAAAGGAACAAUAUUGGAUAAAGUUAAGGCAUUAAUUAUCAUUAAUGCAUCAGUUAAGUCACUAAUUAAUGUACAUGCUGAAAACCUUCAUACAUUCGAAUAUUCACCAAAACUUAAUGGAUCUUUUAUCGAUGACUAUAUUGGAGGGUUUUUACAUAGGCAUCGUACCAUAAAAGAACUAAAAAUUGGAAAUAGUACAGGACGUUCAUAUUUUUUUGUCUCCUACAACCUAUGCCAACUUAUUGUUAAUUUCCUCAAUCAGCUAGAAUCAAUUACCAUUUAUAAUUUCGCGGAAGUAAAUAAGAGCGUAAAGCUUUUGUGUAAUUUGCGUAAUUUAAAUACAUUGACCCUCUCAUCCUUGCAAUAUCAACAGUUUACGGCUAAAACUAAAGUUGAAUGUGAACGAAUGAAGUUGAGGUUGAUUCCAAUUGAAAUGAAUCAGCCACAAGAUUUUCACGAAUACUCGGAUUGUUAAAUAAUUUUCAGUCAUAUUCAC